AAAGAAGUCAUUUUAUUUCAGUGUUUUGAGAUCGUGGAGUUGUUGUUCCUGCAAUAACUUUAGUUUGCUCGUCUAUUUGUGGUUAAUAUUUUGUGGACGUUCGUAGAAAUGGCAACAGGACUUGAUCGAGCUGCAGGGAUGGGUAUGGUACUCUUAGGUGGACUUAUAUUUAUAUAUUAUUCUAUAUGGAUUAUUGUACUGCCAUUUGUAGAAAGUGGACACAUUUUACAUCAGUUCUUCCUUCCCAGAAUGUAUUCUGUUAUUAUCCCUGUAGUUGCUGGAGUCAUUCUUUUAGGGGUCAUAGGUGUAUUCAUAACUGUAAUCAUGCUGAAAAACACUAAAAAGCCAAAGAAAUCAAAUUAAACAACAAAUUUAGAUUAUUGUAAACAUAUUUUAUGAAAGGUCAAAUUGAGCUCUUUAGG